UUGCGAUAGUCGUUGUAACUUGGUGGGCUUUUCCACAAUGAUUGGUUUGCUGAUUCUUUGGGGGCUCGUUGGCUUCAGUCUCUCGAAGGACGUAGGGGAAAUUAACAUUGAUACUGCUGAAGUAAAAAAGCCAGGGGAAUGCCCUGAGGACAUCUGGGACCAUAAGAGUGCCUCCAUACUCCCUCCGUGUCCAGAUCCAUGUAUGGACAAAGAUAACUGUACAACACAGAGUUGCGUUGAUGACAGCCAGUGUCCUGGUAGCUUCAAGUGCUGUAAAGCAAGAUGUGGGAUGGAAUGCCUUCCACCGAAGUUUAGAAGCCCAUGUCGUGGGGAUUUUGACUGCCCAUGGUCUCUGAAAUGCUGUGAUGGUAUAUGCGACAGCGACUGUGCCUACCAGCCUCAAAGAAAGUAUGCCACUACCAAAGAGGUACCAAGCCCCAGAAAGAAAGCCAACUGAUUUUAUUGGAUUCCAAAUUGCUUUUCAGUAGAGAAAUAUCUCCUCAUUGCAGACAUAAAUUGAAUAGAAUUCAGAACGUAUAUCGUCAUGAUGUAAAUAAAAUUAGAACAAUGACUCAUU